GAGACAGCUCUGGAGUGCCAUUUUGGGACAGACAGGACAUUUGAAGCCCGGUGGGUGAACUCCUCUGCCGUGGAGUGCGUACACGUGCUGCUCCACACAUCAGAAAAAAGCCAUCUCUUCCCAGUGAACCUUCAGCUGAAGGACAGACCAGACAGAUUUAUUGACAGUCCAGAGAAGAUGACAGUGGAGGUGUACAACUGUGCGACUGGGAGUGCUGACUGUUCUCAGUGCCUGGGGAGGGAGGACCUGGGGCACCGCUGCGUCUGGAGUGAGAGCAGCUCCAGCUGCAGGCUGCACAGCGAGCCCCCGCACGUCUCCGACGUCUGUCCAGCUCCGGAGAUUAAGAAGAUCGAGCCGCUGCGCGGGCCGCUGGAGGGGGGCACCCUGCUGACCAUCCGCGGGAGGAACCUGGGCCGCCGCUUCAGCGACAUCCUUGGCGCCGUCAGGAUAGGCAGCGUGCAGUGCGUGCCGCUGCCCGACAGAUACGUUGUCUCCGAGGCGAUCGUGUGCCAGACCGGAGAGGCUCAGGAGGCGUUUUCUGAUGUGGUGACGGUUAACGUGAGCCGGGAAGGGAAGUCCAGGGAGCGAUACUCCUACGUGCUUCCCGUGGUGCAGUCCAUAGCUCCCCUGAACGGCCCGAAGGCUGGAGGAACCAGAGUGACCAUCAGAGGCAGCCGGCUGGAUGUCGGCUCUGAGCUCCGCGUCCUCGUCAAUACGUCCAAGCAGUGCACUGACCUCAGCCGCAACGACAGCACCAUCACCUGCACCAUGCCAUCCGCGGAGCUCACCACGGCCGUGCGAGUCUGCGUCCAGUUCGAGAACAGGUCUUGUGCCAGCUACAACAUCACGUUCAAGUAUGAGAAGAACCCGAUUAUAUCAGAUAUCAACCCCAAAAAGAGCCAGAUCAGCGGGGGCAGGAUCAUCACCCUGGACGGAAGAGGCUUUGAGCUGGUCCAGAACGUGUCCAUGGUGGUCCGUGGCAUUGGCAGAGAGCAAACGAGCUGUAAGGUUCACACCGACACUGUGAUCACCUGCCCCUCUCCAGCUGCCUCCAACGUCACUGCGGGGAGCAAGCCCGCGCCUGCCGAUUUCUAUCUCAACGGUCGCCUCUAUGCAGAUGACCGUCCGGCUCUGGAUGAGGAGAUGUACCCUGAGGAGGCCUUGCACAUCAGCAAGUUCAGCCUGGAGUACUAUGCUGACCCCCAGUUCUUCACAGCCAAGAAGGAGAAGUGGAUCAAGCACCAUCCUGGCGAGCCCUUAACUCUGGUUAUACACAAAGAGCCUGACAGCCUGGGCCUGGAAAGCAACGAGUACCAAGUGAAAAUUGGCCUGAUCUCAUGCGAGAUCCAGAUUGUUUCGGACAAAGUCAUCCACUGCUCUGUCAACGAGUCGCUGAGCACCUCGGAAAGACAGUUACCGGUGACAAUCCAAGUUGGAAAGUUCAACUACACAGUUGCAAUGCUUCACCUUGGGGGAGGAGAGACCGCAAUCAUCGUCUCCAUUGUCAUCUGCAGCAUCUUGCUGGUUCUCUCCGUUGUAGCUCUCUUUGUGUUUUGCACAAAGAGCCGCAGAGCGGAGCGCUACUGGCAGAAAACCCUGCUCCAGAUGGAGGAGAUGGAGUCGCAGAUCCGGGAGGAAAUCCGCAAAGGUUUUGCGGAACUGCAGACAGACAUGACAGACCUGACCAAGGAGUUAAACCGCAGCCAGGGGAUCCCGUUCCUGGAGUACAAGCACUUUGUCACCCGGACGUUCUUCCCCAAAUGUUCCUCGCUCUACGAGGAGUGCUACAUCCUGCCAUCCCAGCAGCUCAGCUCCCAGGUGGGCUCCCAGGUCCAGGAAACUCAUCCGCUCCUGGUGGGGGAAUGGAAAAUCCCUGAAAACUGCAGACCCAAUAUGGAAGAAGGAAUCUCACUGUUCUCCACCUUACUCAACAACAAGCACUUUCUCAUCGUGUUUGUCCAUGCUCUCGAGCAACAGAAGGACUUUGCUGUUAGAGACAGGUGUAACCUGGCCUCCCUGCUUACUAUUGCUUUGCAUGGGAAACUGGAGUAUUACACCAGCAUCAUGAAGGACCUCUUGGUGGAUCUAAUAGACGCUUCAGCUUCCAAAAACCCCAAGCUGAUGCUGAGGAGAACGGAAUCUGUGGUGGAGAAGAUGCUAACCAACUGGAUGUCCAUCUGCAUGUACAGCUAUCUCAGA